AUGUGCUUGGUUGCCUCUCUCAUUGUCCUCACUCUCGUCAUCUUUGCUACUGAUGCUGCUGAUUCGGCUACUGGUGGUGCCCCUCGGCGCUUCCCCAUGACGGCACCUGCCUGGGAGAGAGACCACGCAGUGACUCACGUGGUGCCGACCACGACAGGCAAGCUCACUGGUGCUACCUACGUUCACAAGGAGACGGGCACUCGAUCGGUGGUCUUUCUUGGUGUUCCCUUUGCCCAGCCGCCUGUAGGCUCGCUCCGCUGGCGGCCGCCAGUUCAGCUUCCGGCCGAUGCGGCCGAGCAUGACAUUGAUGCCACAGCUUUUGCUCCGUCUUGCGUCCAGCUGCCAUCGACGGCUGUCCCGGCCCAUGUUCAGUCGGAGGACUGCCUCUACAUCAACCUCUACCUGCCCGAGGCAGCCCUGCUUGCCGCCGAUCACUCGGCAGCUCAACGGCCUGUCCUCGAGUACAUCUACGGCGGCUCGUUUGUCUCGGGCUCGUCCGCCAAUCAGGACAUCAACGGCCUCAACCUGACCCUCACAGAUGCCGUGGUCGUCACCAUGAACUACCGCCUCGGCCCGUUUGGCUUUCUCGCCACCCGCGCCUCGAUGGCCCAAGAGGUGACAACCGGCAACUACGGCCUCCUUGACCAGGCUGCUGCAAUGGAGUGGGUCGCCGCUAACGUGGCGGCCUUUGGCGGCGAUCCGGCUGGCAUUACUCUCUUUGGUGAGUCGGCAGGCGCCAUCUCCGUCUGCUUCCAUCUCGUGUGGCACAAGCACCGCGAGUCUUCCCUCUUUGCCCGCGCCAUCAUGCAGUCGCCCGACUCCCCCGCCCAGCUGGCCUGCUUCCGCGAGCUCUCAGCUCAAACCGUUCUCCAUGCCCUCCCGCUGCAGGCCUUUGGCGAGACCACCGGCGCCUCGUACGGCGGCGUCAUCGACGGCAUGAUCGUGACCGGCAAGCCGAAUGAGGUCCUUGCCCGUGACGGUGUUGAGCCUGAUGUCCCAGUCGUCGCCGGCACUUGCGCGCAGUCGUGCACUCUCUUUGUCAUGCCCAACGCUACUCAGCGAAACAUGUCCAACAACACGCUCGUCGCCCGCCUCUCUGCGCUCUGGCCGCCGGCCGCCGUCACCCAGAUCCUCGAUGCCUAUCCGCUCUCGGCCUACCAGCUUGUGCCACCAGCAUCGGCUUGGGCCCACAUGCUCUCCGACUAUGUAUUCCAUUGCCCGACGAGGACAACGGCAUCCUUGCUCGCCGCAGGCUCGGCGCGUACCCAUCUCUACGUCUACGACCACCCGCCGCACUGCGAUCACUACCCGCGUGACCUGCACAAGUACAUGGGCGCAUAUCACUACGCCGACGUGCCGGCCACCUUUGGCUCGCCGCCGCUGCAUCCGCCCGAGCCGUGCGCAUGGUCGGCCGCCGACGCCGCCGUCUCGGCCACCAUCCAGCAGCUCUGGCAUAACUUUGCCCUCGGGAAGCCCAUGGCGACGGCGUGGCCGGCCUACGACACCUCCUCGCGCCCACUCGCACGCUAG